AUGGAGCAAAACACUUGUUACAAUGCAGUGGCUAAAGGUCAUCCUGUCGACGCGAUAGAUAAAGAUGCGGUUGCUGACAACAACUUUUACGAGGAUACCUUGGUUGCAAAAAGCGGUGAUUUGAGCAUGCUAGAAUAUGAAGACGGGACAACUACGUUCGAUAUCUGGAAUGGGGAAUUACAGCAACAGCUUGAGAUUCAUGACGUCUCUAAGCAGACCAUAAUAUAUUCGAGCCGAUAUGCUACUACGCUUACUAAAGGUUCAACCACAAUUAUGACAGCACUAAGCGAGUCUACAGGUCUAACUCCGUUGAGUCCUCCACCUCCUCCUCCACUAGCGAAUGAUGAUGAAGCGGAUAGUCAAGACUUGCGACAGUUUACGCAAAAUGCCUCCGGCAUGAACACCACGACUCGAGUGUUGUCUUUCGCACUGCCGCAUUUGGCAUCAACGGUGACUGCACGGGAAAGCCAUAUACACAUGUAUUCAAAUGUUGACAGGUUUCGACGGAUUGAGAAGCACAUUGCUUCCUUGCGCUCUGUUACGCGUGCGAAGACAUCAAAUCCUGUUGCCAACUCUCCAUCAACUAAGAGUGUGCGUCCGGUUUUCCGCAGAGCGACGGCUGGAAUUCUAGAUGCUAGCUCGGUUGUUCUUCCGCCUUGUCUCGAACCCUUUUCGCUUACAUUUGACGUGGGUCUUGUGUCUGAGGUCGAAGAUGCACAAUGUCAGAUUAAAGGCUCUGUACAAAGCUUGUUGCGUCUUCAACAGACUCAGCGUCAGAUGAAGGAGUAUAUACAGGCAACAACAAUGAGUAAUCCUGCUGAGUUGGGAGGUGGCUCUAUCGUCACAGCCACAUCGAAUCUGCUAGAGGGCGUCAAAGACAAGUGUGACACUACGAAAGUUAACGCUACAAAACGCAAGACUUCUAAGGUGUCGCAGGCUACAUACUACAAUUUUCAGAAAGAGAUCAAGACACAAAGUACCGUAAUUGCAGCAUCUCGAGAGGAAAAUGGGCGACUCAAGCAGCAGUUAAAGCAGGUCCGACAAGAUGAUCGUUACAAUGUAAGCGAAGCGAUUGAAAGGCUGCGUCUACAGAUGAAAAUGCUACGAGACAAAGUCAGCGAGACAGGAACACUAGGAGGUAAUAGUGGCUUGACCAGUAAACCGCAGUACCGCGUCGCUGUAAAAGCACGGUCAGAGGAAAAGACUUGUGCUUUGGCGUCGCAAAAAGACCUUGUUACUACCCAAUUGUCGUACCAGCAGAAACUCAACGAGGUUGUACUGGAGCUAGACCGAGUGAAGAAAGAUAAGAUUGAGCUUGAAUGCUGCUAUGAAGGUGUGGACCUGACCCAGGCGGCACAGGAAAUGAAGCAUGCUUUCGAACCGCAAGGUGAGUUGGAACUGAGUGAGUUGGAACUAUGCGAGAAGGAACGCGCCCAUGCUCUGGUUGCGCUUCAAAAGAGUCUGAGCUGGUACUUGGAAAAGCAAAGACUUCUUGAUGAUCAAAACGAAGAAUUACGACGGCUUCGUCGCCAAGCCGCUCCGCAAUCUCUCGACUUUCAGACAGGAACCUCAUCGAUGAAUCAACGAGCCAAUGCAGAACCGUGUGGGCCAUAUUCCAACCUACCGCUCCUUCCUUUGUCGAUAGAUAUCCGACGUAUCCAGCGAGUUGAUGGCCGACUUGCUGAACUAGGAGAAGCUAUGCGAUGGCGGCAUCCUGAUACUUUCUCGAAUCUUAGUUUGGCUUCUCGCCGUAUCAAUGACGAAUCUAAGACACUUGUACUACAUGGUGAUUACGACGUAAAAUUUACAGCGCAAUCGUGCGAUCCGGAACAAAGCACACGAAGCAAGUGA